AUGGGACACUACAAGGCAGUUGGAGACGCUGGGAACUUCGAUAACCGCAAGACGGAAGACUCCGCGGUGGCUGUAGCAUAUCUUAGACCCACGUGUGAGGAAACAAAUUGGGCUGGUCGGGGAACAAAAGACAGCAGUGCUCUGGCUGGAAUUCAUACUCCUAAGCUGAAGAGCCAGCCUAUGAGAAGGAGAUUGCAGAACAUUGUGCUGGUGCUAAUAGAUUGGAAGACCCAGAGAAGUGGAUAUGCUUUACUCAAAUGA